UGGUCUCCUUGCGCUUAUUGUUUUAAUGACGCAUCUAGCUUGCCGCCUGAAAAGUUAGUUUUCGAAACAUGGGAUUGGAAAGUGGAUGCUCAUGGAUGCCUCUCUUUCUGCUGGUUAUGAAUGCUUCCACUCGGGUCGGAGCAAUUCUGACAACGAAUGUGGCGUUAAGGAAACCAACCAAUCAGUGAAGCACCUACAACAUGGAUGGUCUUCCCGAACAUGCCGUGGAUGGGAACAGAGACGGAAUUUAUAUUCACAAAUCGUGUUCUUUGACUUUGAAGGAAAAAAGCCCUUGGUGGCGGGUCGACUUGCAGAAGAGUCACGUGAUCUUACGUCUCUUCGUUGUGAACAGGGCCGACUGCUGUGGCGUUUCACUCGACAACUUUGAGAUACGCAUCGGCGAUAGCCUUGUGAAUGACGGUAACGACAACCCAAGUUGUGGGUCAUCUUAUAUCAUCCCGCAAGGAAGGGGCAAGUACAUCGCCUGC